AGCGCCACGGCGGCCAUUUUCUACCACGACAAAUAUUUUGUUUUUAUAAAGGCACCGAGCAAGCGAGUGGGCGAAUCCGGGGGACUGGUGGCUCAAAGGAUGUGAGAGACAGGGGCAACAAUCUCUGAUCCGGGCAAAGGGCGCAGUAGUUCCUGGACACGGAUCGGUGCCACACAGGGAGCGCAGUAACCCAUGGCAACGGGGGUCAGGGACACGCCGAGGAUGCACGACAUUCAGAUUCUCAUCCUGUGCCACAAACUCUCAUUCCUACACUCUCAGCUCAGCUGAUGAUGCAGAGCAUUCUGGCACCAAAGUCUGUAGGAAGCGGGAGCAGCAUGUCUGAGCUGAGUGACGAGGCGAGUGAAACGGAGCUCCUGAAUCGCAGCUUGUCGAUGUGGCACGGCUUUGAACAACUGGUGGGCGGUGCGGACCUGGACCUUCCACUGGACAUUCACACAGCGGCCUCGAUUGGGCAAUAUGAUGUGGUCAAAGGGUGGAUCCAUGGAGGAGAAGUCAAUGCCAAUCAGAAGAACCAAGGUGGGUGGACACCGCUCAUGUACGCGUCAUACAUCGGCCAUGACACCAUCGUUCACCUCUUGUUGGAGGCGGGAGUGGAUGUCAACACGACGACGGAGAGAGGGCAGAGCGCCUUGAUGCUGGCAGCGAGUUGUGGCAACGAGAGCAUUGCCUACUUCCUGCUUCAGCAAGGGGCUGAACUGGAGAUGAAGGAUGACCGUGGCUGGACUGCCCUGUUCCACUGCACCAGCACUGGGCACCAACAGAUGGUCAAGUUCCUUCUGGACAAUGGGGCGGAUACAAACUUAAAAGAGCCCGUGCAUGGAUUUACACCGCUGAUGGAAGCCGCGGCCUCGGGUCACGAGAUCAUCGUGCAGUCCCUCCUGAACCACGAUGUUCGUGUGGAUAUCAAGGAUGACAAUGGGGACACAGCCCACUCCUUGGCUCUGAUGUGUGGAUACGUGAAGAUAGCCAGUCUCAUUGGCCUGCACACUGCGCCGCUGCACAAAUCGGUGCGCAGGGAUACCGGAAUGGAAGAAGACUUCAGUUCCUCUGAUGAGUUCUCCCCGUUCCAUCUCCCUCAGCCGCAAUCUCGGCACCCGCAGUCUCGGAGAAACAAAGGUCCCAGUAUUCACGAUGGGCCGCAGGCACUAGCCCACAUCACCCGGCUGGAAGCUGGGCGAUGGGCGCGGCAGUACGACUCACUCCCACCUCAAGGAUAUGUCACGUUCAAAAACAACCAGGAUGAAGAUGACGGGAAUAUCCGGAACCGCGAUGUCACCUCCCCGAUUAAUGAGCACGAUGUUGAGAGCAACAGCAGCAAAGAGGAGAAUCCUUUUUGCAUCACCGAUGCCGUGACCACCCGGAGGAGCAGCGGCAGCAGUAGCGACGGACUGGCGAGGGCCCUCGGGGUCAGCCGCGAGGGGUCCCUGGAGAGCAACGAGGAUUCAGAUCAGCCGAAUAGCAGCGGCAACAAAAGGCACCUGCGAAGCCGCAGAGGCCAAGGGAGGAGCAGCGAGAGCUCGCUGUGCGACAGCGACAUUGCCACCACUCCCAGCUCACAGCCACAGAUCCCAUCUGAAGAGGGGGACAGGAAUCACGGACCACAGGAUCUGCCGGAGUUCCUGGAGCAGAUCGGAUGCCUGAAGUAUCUGCACAUCCUGGAGGAGCAGGACGUAGACCUGCGUAUGUUCCUCACGCUGACUGACAGCGACCUGAAGGAAGUGGGCAUCACGUUGUUUGGGCCGAAGAGGAAGAUGACGGCGGCGAUCGCUCGCUGGCACAGCAAUGCCUUGCCCCUCAGCAACAGCCUGGAGCAAGUCUACGCAGACCGGCUGGAGACUGAGAUGCAGGAAAUGGCCAUCCAGCUGCACAAGAAGUGUGAAGAAGUGGAGCUGUUAACCGGGCGAGUAUCUCAGGAACAGGAGCUGCGGGCUGUGGUGGAAGGGGUUUUAAUGGAAGACAAAAUAGCCUGGAAGAGGCAACAGAAGCAGCUGGAGGAGAUGCAGGAAGUCUGUGGCGAGACAAUGGUCCUCCUCGAACAAGUCAGAGCCUGCCAGUCUGAACUGCUGCACCGACUCAGCGACGGCGCUGCACAGCGCAGGAGCACAGAGGCUCGGAAACCGCCGGCACGCACACAGGAAGAGGACCUGGCUGACUGGGCGUCUGUGCUGGGCUCACUGGAGCUCGGUGCAACACUGAAGAAAUCCACGUUGGAAAUGGGUAAAGCUGUGCAGAGAGUUGAAAAGAACCUGGAAACCCUGCUGAGUGCAGAAAUGAAGAGGACAGAGUGGGGUCAGAAUGCCGACAUCUGACAGGUGCUUCACUGUCAGAUACCGAGGGAGUUGCUGAAUCCAGAAGCAGCUAACGAGACGGAGGGUGAGACUCCACCCUGAAGUAAAGCUGCCUUUCCCCGCUGGUCCAGGCCAGGGCCAGAGCAGGGCAGCAGCCGGGGACCAGCCUGGAUGUGACGUACAGGACGUGGAGCUCCUGUGAUGCAGAGUAGAGACGGGGAGAUGAUUCUCAGCACAGGCAUCUCUCCAUGACGGACCCAGAGAUGAUGGUGGUUCAGCCAGUGGCAAACUGCAGCAUCCAACCUGCCGAGACAGUGCACGCUGAGGCUCUGAUCCACACUCUGCCCAAAGGGUUGUGGUGUAGGCAGAGACAAUUGCAGCGUUUAAAGGGAUUUUGGAUCGGCACAUGGAAUGGAGGGAUAUGGAUGAUGUGUGUUUAUACUGAGGAAUAUUAUUGAAAGCAGGAGUGACCUUUGGAAGCUGAGCCCCUCAGGAGCGGUGAGAAGCACUAAGGACCCCUCCCCCACACGGAGCCCCCCCCCCCCCCACUCGGAGGCUGCCGGCAGUGGAGACCAAGUGGAUAAUGGAGACCCAGAACUGGUGCCGACCACAAGCCGAUGGCCCAAUGAACCACAGCCUCAGGCACCGAGGCCCAGACCAAUGUGGGACAUCAGGGAAGGACUUCAAUCAAUGAACUGCGAUGUUCCAGCGAACAUGUCUUAGACCAAUGAACUGUGACUUUAUAUAACAAGAGGCCAUGUGGAUGGUAAAUAAACCAGGUUCCAUGUGACUGAGA